AUGAAAAUCGCAACGAUAAGACAGGUCACGUACGAAGAAACACUCGCUAAGACAAAGAGCCUGUCGGAGGAUUUUCCAUAUGCCCCGUUACGACAUGCCAGGGAAGAUUUGUUGACUGCGGAUAGCAACGCGGAAGUCGCAAUAGUUAUUUACGGAAACUUAAUGGCGAAAAUGGAAAUCGCGAUAGCGAAAGUACGAAAGACGGAUAUUGCGAAGAAGAAGCAGGCUGAGAUAUUUGAGAAAGUUUACAAAGAGUCGCAAGAAGCACUCGCGAAAAUGGCGAAGGAAUAG